AUGGCUAUCCAUGUGCUGUGGACGCUUCUGAGAGUCCAGAAGACAAUGCUCACAAUCCUUCAGGUGGCACUUUUGGUCGCCAGCGUCAAUUGUCGACGUCCCCAUCCGCGUGAUCAGCUUGAGCUGUCCGAAACCGAUAGCGCAGGCCCUGCUGACUUCUGCUCAGACGUCCCGACUGCCACAGUGUUGAUUCAACCCGUCGCCUAUAACGAGUUCUUCCCAUACACAACGGUCAUCGACCCUUUCAGAAUUGGGCAGCUCUUCACUAUAGAUAAGGCACCGACUUCCGUAUGUCUCACGUCCACGAUAGCAACAACUAUCAGCCUUGCCUCAGACAAAACAGUACUCUGGUCAGCAUCGACAGCGCCUGUUACGUGGCGGACAUCUAGCGUUGGCCCCAGUCCGGGCUCAGGCAGCUCGUUCCGAGUCUCUAGUCCGACUGGCGCUCCAAGCCUAAGCGUGUCGCCCUCUGUGCUCACCAGCCUUACCAGUGCCACUACUACCACAGAUGCCGAUACCCCUACUAUGAUCACCUCCGCUCCUUCAUCAGCUGCCUCAGUCGCAACCGGCGAGCUGUUCAUAGGUCAAGGUCUUCCUCCAAGCUCUGUCACCGAUUUGCCCAGCAGCGAAUUCCUGUUUCUGGCUUUCGAAGACCGAUCUGUUCUUAAGAGGGGUGAAGAGGUUCGUCGCCAAGAUUCUCCUGGCAAUUCUCAGCCUCCUAAUAGUACCAUACCUGUUGUGGCUGUCGACCUUAACAACGCAUCAAGAGGUAUCAAUGGUGUCAUCCAAGAUCAAUGCGACUUCGCAACCCCACUGCUGCUGACCGCUGGUUCAUUGUUGCAUAACGGCGUUGCAGUUGCUAAGAACCCUGGAGAUGUUCAGGCAGUGUUGGGCUUCAUAGCAGAGUCUCACAACGAAGUCAAUGGCACAUUCUCUCUAAACAACGGCUUGCUGCAGUGGAACACCGCAGACGUUGGGAUCGCAUCUUUUUACCGCUGUGGCGCGAACCUCUUUGCGGCCUUUGGCCUUAUGCCGGACGAUUCGAGCUGUAUACUCGUCACGUUAGGAGCUAUUGCCGGACAGGCCUGCCUCGACCGGGUCUCUCUCACCAGAUCUGCCAAUCCGGAAUUUAGUCCGCCUACUGGAUCGAGACCCUCACAAAUGAGUUCCUCUUCAGAGAUCAUUGAGUCCUCUGGCUCGAUCGUCAGCACUACCAAGACAGCAAGUUUUCCUGCCGGAACUAGCAGCCUCGUAAGCUCCUUCAGUUCCACCUCAAGUCCACGUGAAGCCCAGACGACUACAGCUUUGCCUUUAAGCUCAAAUGAAACGAUCAUGAGCUCGAGUUAUACUUCUCCUAGUAGCUCCUCAACGAGUUCCUUCAGGACUCCAGAGACAUCCACCAGCGUUACUUCCGGAUCCUUUAGCUCAAGCCUGACACAAUACUCCAGUGUUACAACAUACGGAAACUCUACCUUCAGCAGUAGCGUCGAAUCAGACACAGCCACUACAGCGGACAGCACAAAAACCACAGACAGCUCAACUACGCCUUAUAACAGCAGUUCUGCAACUCGUACGUCCACCACAGAAGAUGUGAGCACCACCACAGCAGGCACCACAGAGAGCACCACAGACGGCAUCAUAGACAGCACCAUAGUUAGCACCACAGAGACCACUAUAGAGACUUCUACAGAGAGCACCACUGAGAGUACCACCGAGAGCACCACUGACAGCACCACCGAGAGCACAACAAUGACUACUGACAGCACAUCCGAGAGCACCACCGAGAGCACAACAAUGACUGCUGACAGCACCACCGAGAGCACCACCGAGAGCACCACCGAGAGCACCACUGAGAGUACCAGCGAGAGCACAACAACGACCACCGAGAGCACUACCGAGAGCACCAGCGAGAGCACAACAACAACAAUCACAACCACCACCACCGACGCAACCACAACGACGACAACAACAACAACCCGAUCAGCUUCCGCCAUCCCAUCUGCAAGCGGCUCGUGCGCCGCUCAAACCGACCCCUUCCUCACGAGUCCCGGCAAACGCUUCAACAAGUACUGCGGCACGCUCUACUACGGCACCACACUCGUGCAACCCCAGCAAGCAGCAGCGGGUCCCCGGAGCGCCGACUACGGCGCCUGCGCGGAACGGUAA